AAGGCCUGCCCCCCUCUCCCCCCCCAGGCUCGCCGCCAAGUGGAGAGCCCGUGCCUGGAGAUCCGCGCGCCGCGAUCUGCUCCCGGCCCCCUUUGGGCGCGCGCCCCGCGGAGGACGCAGAAGGCGUGCGAGCGGCCGCGGGAGGUCCCCGACCGGACCGAGGAGGCCUGGCGACAGGUGGCGCUGGCCGACCGGAUGAAGCACGCGUACGCCCGGCCUCGGUUCAUGCCGACGGUGACCCUGUCUGGCCCACCUCGCCAGAGAAGGACCUCCCGGGCUCUCGCAUGCCAAGGUCGGGAGAAUGACGCUGGACCCCGCCGUCACCGCGUUCUGCUUCUCCGCCUCCACAGGGAUCGGCCGCAGACGGCGUUGGACGCGAACAUCAAGGCGCACCAGCGCGGGGUGAUGUCGUUCUGCCUGCUGGAGGCCCUGACGGCGACGCGGGGCCGCUGCACCUACCAGACGCUGCUCGAGAAGGCGAGCGAGAAAAUGGACGACAUCCGGUCGAAGUACAUGCCCGACAUGGACGACCAGAGCAUCCGGCUGAGCUUCUGCCCCAACAGCGAGCCCAAGGAGGUGGUUGUCCUCGACCCGCGCUACGCCAAUGUCUCACAGCACAGGCUGAGCCAGCUCCCCGACCCGGGCGCCAUGCUGCCCCUGGGCACCGCCCCGACGGACCAGCAUCCGGGCGGGCACGAGCCGCCCAGGGAGCCCGAGCAACGACUUCGUGCCCGCCCCGGCGCACGGCUUCGGGG